UGUAACCUACAGAAAGAAAUAACGAAAGUCCAAAAAAAAAAAGAGAGAUAAAAGAAAUUAAAAAAAAAGAAAGAAAAAUGGGAAAAUCAGUUGUUAUUUUCAUUUGCUUGUUCUCCUUGCUAGGGCUUACACAAGCUUCUGAUGAAAAACCUGAUUUCUUUGUAGAAGGAAGAGUUUAUUGUGAUCCUUGUCGUUCAAUAUUCAAAAACAACCUUAUGAAGCCCUUAAAAGGUGCCGGUGUGAUGGUUAGAUGCACGAACCCGAAAACUAAAAUGGUCACAUACGCUAGGCCCUGGCAGACGAACGCCACCGGAUAUUACAGCGUGCCGGUAGAAGGAGAUCACAAGAAUGAUAUCUGUGUGAUAGAAAUGGGAGAAGGUGAUAAAGAUGAAGAUUGCAGUGAAACUCCAUGUGAAGAUCAUUACUAUCAAACAUUUAGAGUUGUUCUUACUCACACCAAUGAAACUAAUGGAAAUGUACGUAAAGUUAAGGAUUUCUUUUACUACACUAAAAAACCCUCACUUAAAGAGUGUAUACGAGAAUUCAAGAAUAUGAAACAGGUGCCUGAAGUUCAAGAUAUCGAUUGUGUAUCAUUUUUUAAAUAUUAAUUUUUGGACUAGUUGUUGAAUGAAUACAAAGUAAGUCCUCAAAAGAGAAUAAAUGGACCCUUAUUUUGGGGAUAGGGUUUAUUAAUCUCUUAAAUAUGCUUCUGAGCAAUUUUUUUGUAUGUAAUGUGCUCUCUCAGAAAGAAAAUAAAUGAAUAAAUAAAGCACCUCAUUUUGGUUGA